CUCAGCUUUAUCUUCCAGAUCAAGCAAAUAUGUACUGUGAAACGAAUUCAGAAUUUAAUCUCGGCUUCUUGGACUCGGUCCGUCGGCAUCUUUUGGAAGAUGAUGAUUCUGGGACUCAAAUUCCAGCUAAGUUUCCCGAAAACGUUGAAAAUAUUCAAGUUCCGAUUCCAUCGGAUCAGAUGGAUUUUUCCAGUACUGAUGCCGUUGCUAUCAAUGUUGAUCAGUGGAUAACGUUUGAUCAAUUAUUUGACACGCCGGAGUCUGCCGCUGUUGAUGUUCCAGUUCCCAACUGUGAAUUGACUCCCGGGCCGAUGACUGCAAUUCACAUGCAGCCAAAGAAGUUCCGUUAUAAGGGUGUAAGGAGAAGGCCAUGGGGGACGUACGCAGCAGAGAUAAGGGAUCCUAAGAGAAUUGGUGCCCGGAUCUGGCUUGGUACUUACGAGACUCCGGAAGAUGCUGCACUGGCUUAUGACAAAGCAGCUUUUAAAAUGUGUGGCGCAAAAGCCAAGCUGAAUUUUCCGCAUCUCGUCGGCUCAGCUCAGGUGGAGCCAGUGAGGUUGGGCACUAACAAGCGAAGGUCUCUGGAACCUGGCUCGUCUUGGUCAUCAGCUGAGUCACCUUUCUCUAGAACUCCAAAGUAGAAACGGAGGAUUAGCUAGAUUAAUUCGAUAUUUGAA